AUUACCACUACCCCCAACUCCUAACGGGGAUCCCCCCCCCCCGAUCUCUAUCUCCAAUGGCCGCCACCACCACCUUUCCUCGCCCCGAUGAAGCGGAGGACUCAACCCCGCUCCUCGGCCAGGUAACCGGUCGAGAUGAACUCCUCGCCCCGGACCCAAACAUCUACAUAGAAGUCGUCGAAGCGCCCUGGGACUUCAUUUCACAGCGGACCGUGUUCAUCGCCCGGUUAGUAAUAUCCCUGCUCAUGAGCAGCCUACUACUAUGGCAUUUCGUCGUCGAAACCCUGGCUCAAAGGCUGGGGAUAUUCCCCUUCCGGGCAAUGAACAUAUCGUGGAUUGCUCAGGUGGUAUAUAUGUGGCUGAUGACCGUACAUGCCCCCUACGCCCUCCCCAAUAUCCCGAAGAGUAUCAUGGACUAACGGAUUGAGACAGUACUGGACCUACAAGACCACAGCCCCAGCUCAUCACACCUCCUGGCCAUCCUUCAUCCCUACAAUCCUACCCCCCUCACCUCCACCGCCGCCACUAUUAAUCCCAAUGUGGUUCCAACGCUUCCUCAACAUAGCCUUCCCAUCACCGUACUACACCUUCAAGACAUGUGCCCUUUACUCCUUCUACGUGGCCAUAACACUAUUCCCAAUAUGCGUGACAAUACUAUACCUUUCCACCCUCCUCCCUCACAUUCUCUCCCACCCCCCUCUCCACCUAAGCGCCCCGGAGCUCCUAAUAAGCACCCUCAACACACCCGUAGUCCUAGCGGAGAUGCUCUUGCUGAACUCCGUGACGCCGAAUACAACGCUGUUGUCUCCAGGGGUGCGAGCGCUGGAGAUCGCAUUCUGGGUGGUUGUAUAUGUGGAUGCUUGGGUUUGGCUGGGGAAUGCUGAGGUCGAGGGGGUUGGGGGGCAGGGGUUGGAUUGGAGGUUUCUCGGCGAGGGGUGGGGUCGAGGUGGGAUCUGGAAGACGUUUGGGUGGGUGGUAGGAGCCAAUGCGGUUUAUUUUGGGCUGUGGUGGGUGGGGGCCGGGAAGGGGCUGGUUAUGAAGUGUUUGAGGGCCCAGAAGGUGAGGGGGAGGGGCUGUGGAAGGGAGGGUGUGUGUGAAGGGUGA